GUUUUGACUUGUGUGGAUACGUCUGCUACAAUUUUGACAGAACUUAUGUUCUUCAAUUGUAGGCAAUAUUUCUGCCGAAGAAUAUGACAGUCCAAUCAAACUGAAUCUGAUUCGUAGUUUUUUCAUCUUUGUGAGUAAUGAGUUAUUAUACACGUUCACGUGCAUCUUCUGCUCUAUAUUCCCCCUUAAUUGAAAAUGGUUACGAAAUCACUAAUGAUGAUGAGGGUGGCCCCAGAAGAUCUACAAGAGCCGAUUAUGAAACUGCCAUUGCAGCAACAGAUUAUGGGAAAUUUCACUAUUGGUUGCUGCUAGCAUGUGGUUGGGCUAAUGCAGCUGAUGCUGUUGAAAUUUUAUGUGUUUCAUUCUUAUUGCCAUCUGCAGAAUGUGAUCUCUUAUUAACCUCCACCGACAAAGGAAUCCUGUCUGCUAUAGUUUUCCUCGGGAUGAUGAUAGGUGGUUACCUGUGGGGAGGGUUGGGUGAUUCCUUAGGUCGGCGCGGCGUUUUGAUGGUUUCUAUGACCGUGAACGCUAUUUUCGGAAUGCUGUCAAGUUUAGCAAUGACUUUCCCAACAUUUUUAGUUCUUCGUUUCUUGUCAGGCCUUGGGAUUGGUGGAAGCAUUCCCGUGACUUGGUCCUAUUAUGCCGAGUUUCAACCCAAAGCAAGAAGAGGUGCUAUGCUUUCAUUUUUAGCUGCAUUUUGGAUGGUCGGAAACUUUGUAGUCGCAGGACUUGCGUGGGCUAUCAUACCGCUCACAUUUAGUUACGAAUCUGCCAAUUUCCAGUUCAAUUCUUGGAGAUUGUUCACGUUAUUGUGUGGCAUCCCCAGCUUAUCGGUAGCAAUUACUCUCAUAUUCUUUCCUGAAUCUCCUCGAUACUUGCUGUCGCAAGGUGACGAGGAAGGUGCAUUGCAAGUGUUCCGCCGGAUUUUUACCUCCAAUACUGGUCGGCCAGCUAGUCAGUACCCAUUUACCAAUCUAGAGCUAGAUGACGAUAUGUUAUCCACUGCUUCACAUCCCGGUGAAAAACUGUUUCGAAGAAUUAAAAAAUUAUGUCAUCGAGUGGCGACUCAAUCGAAAGCAGCUUUUGGCCCUACUGUCCGAAGAUCAAUGGUUUUGAUGAUUAUUAUCAAUUUCGCCAUUCAGUUUGGCUAUUAUGGACUGUGGCUCUGGUUUCCAGAACUCUUCAAUCGUCUACAAAUUUACUACGAAGACCACAAUGUUACCGUCUCUGUUUGCGAAGUGGUAGAUUUUAAGCCAAACACUACAGGUCAAGAUCCCUUUGAGCAUUGUCAAGAUGCAUCACCACCCGACAAUCAAGUUUUUAUCAACGCAUUUAUAGUCGCAAUCGCUCCGUUACCUGCAAAUGUGUGGACUAUAUUUCAUAUGGACAAAUUAGGAAGGAAGUUCUUUCUCGUUUUUAGCAUGAUCGGGUCGGGACUUGCAGCGUUUCUCAUUUGGCUUGUACGUAGCAGCGCUGGUAAUUUGGCAUUGUCCUGCAUCUUCGGAGCUGUUUCUACAAUGGGCUUUAAUGCAUUGGACUGUCUGGGAGCGGAACUGUUUCCGACAAACGUUCGAUCUACUGCGAUGUCUAUUACACUAGCUGCCGCAAGGUUAGGAGCGAUAUUAGGAAAUAUUAUUUUCGGUGUUUUUGUUGAUGUUGCUUGCGCCAUUCCUAUUCUCCUAGUCGCUACACUUUUAAUCUUUGGUGGGCUACUAGGACUUUUGCUCCCCAAUACAACCAAGGAGCCAUUGCUAUGAUUUUUCAUUAUUUUGAAUAAUUAGGCCUAUCCAUUUGUAAACAAGUUUCUGUUGUGUAAACAUCUAUUUGAAAAAAUGAAUUUAAAUCAUGUUUAUAAAGGUAAACUAAAAUUGAUUAAACAAUGUACUUUAACCCUCAA